AGGAAGGUAAAAACGCAGCGAUCAAUUCGUCAUUUAUAUUUUUGUUUUGUACACCGGACGUUACUUUUCUUUUUUGUUUCUUUUUCUGUCCGCUACGUCGCUUUGGAAGGUGUAAACGAGGGAAGAUAACCUGGUGGAAAUUGCGUUAGCUGUUCACACGCAUCAGAGCAGUCCAUACUUUCGAAACGUGCGGCGAAGCUUUCCGUUUUCAUAAUUUUCGUUGUAGUUGCUUCGGAAGGUGAAAAAUCGAUAGCAAACCUUGCUUUGGAGCUGCUGCGACACGGUUCAGUGCUUGCGUGCAGUUCAAACGGCCUGUGUCGAAGGUAGCUUCACGUGCAGUCCAGUUGUCCAGCAUGUCGCAAAUGGGGCGCGCAGUGAAAAAUCUGGAGCCGCCACGUCCUCUUAAAUCAACAAUGAAGCAGGCGCACGUCCACUUGCCUGUCUAUGAAGUUCAAUCAAUUGAGGAACUAAUAACAUUGACGGAAAAUGUGGCCGCCAGCCUUGCUAAUGGAUGCAACAACGCUGAUGGCAUGAACGCGCUGUUGGCAAACUUACGGCUGCACGGACCCCAGUUGGAGAACGUAUCAAAAGAUACACUGGAUCGUGCUUUUGUCAUUUUUCGAAAUGCAUCUCAGGACGAGCGGCUGAACAUAAUGACGCGAUUGAACCUGUUAGAAUUGAUAGAGCUGCGUGCUAAAUCUUGGCAGGUAUCUGACGGAAUAAAUUCAUACUACAAACACAAGGCUACAAAUGUGGAGCCCGACAUUUUGGCUGAUCCGAAUCUGCUGGGAUCCUCCCCGCCAUUGGGGCAAGCCGUGCCUGCCUUGGCACCGGGCGAGCUGAUACGCACCUCUGGCAAGUUCCCGAAGCCGACAAAAAUACCCGGAAAAACGUACAGCAAGGAUGAGAUUGUUAUUCGCAAUGCUGAUUCUGGCAAAGUGGCUACCGGGGCUAAAGAACGUCUAGUACAAAUCACCGGCCCGAACGAGGAAAAGAUCAAUUAUGCAAAACAGCUGAUUGAAGAUACCAUACGCCGGAACGCGUCGCCGGUACGUUUGGAUAACUCCCAGGAUGGUUCCUGCAGUUCUCUGGCUUCAUCCGCCUCGGAUGAGACGGUCCCGAGAAAGGAAGCAGGAUCCGGCGCAAACUCACGAAACGUUGCCGGUGGAGGGUUGGGAGAAAUGUCGGCCAAUGCAGCCAACGGGAUGGGCUCUUUUAUGGCCGGUCAGCAGUCUGCCCCAACACCGGCACUAAGUCUGAAUCUCAGUGGUUACGCUCAGACGCCACCUUCGUACACCCAUCCGAAACUUACCAGGAAUGGGUCGCAAAACAGUGGCCAGCGUAAUGCCGGCAACGGCGGGAUGUUACUGCACAGCUUCUCUACCAGCGAUGCUUCGCUGGGCGAAUACAAGUACACCGUUAACGUGGGCCAACAUAAUCUCAAAAUAACUGGAGAUUGUUGUGAGCUGGUGAAGGUGGCCAAAUUAGUGCUGGACGAUUACUUCAGUAGCAACGAAUUUUUGGCCUCCGUUGACAUGUGCUCCAGUUUUGAUUUACCGAACUCACUUUCCUCCCCGGUGGGAGCAAUUCCCGGCCAUCAUUCGCUUAUUACGGGAACACCGUUUGUCGAUAGCGGAGUUGGUCUGAAUACCAUGGCCGCCAACGUCGGGGAAGUGAGCAACUGCGUCGAAAUGGAUGACGACGUGUUCAUCGUAGAGCCGGGAACGGUCGGGUUCAAAGGAAACGAUGUUCAAAAUAAUAAUGCCGCCUCAGCGGCCAACAACAACGGACUGAGCCGGUCUCGUCGAAGUCACUUCUCGCGGAAGGACAGUGCAGGAGAUGGGCUUAAGGAAGCUGCGUCAGCUUCUUCCAAAGCGGAUCCGAAUCCAGUGAAACGAAUCGAAUAUGAGCGGCUGAUUUACUAUUCGAAGUCACCCUAUUCGUGGGACUUGCCCGCUGACUGGAAGCGUAUUUGUGAAACUCUUCCUUAUUUGGUCAAAAAUAAGGAUAUCGAAGACCAAAAAAAUCGAUUUAAUGGUGAACAAUUUCUGGAAAUGAAAAAGCAAACAACCAGCUACAGUACGCAAGGAAGCGUACUAGAUGGUGGUGAGGGCGAACAGGGAAAUGGUGAAAUUUCUGCAAACGUCGAUGCCGAAGAUAAGCCAAUCGUGGCGAGUGCAACAUAGAGCACGAGAAAAGCAGUAUGUGUAGGAUGCAGUUGCUUAAAGUGGAAUUGAUCAUCGCGAGAAUAUGCGCUCGAACGCUACCGCAUAGGAAAAUGCAUAGUUCGCGAUUGUAUUCCGACCUGAAGGUAUCCUGAAGUGUGAAUGCUUAAUUUUCAAUUAUUGACGAAUUCUACGAAUAUUCUAUGUUUUUGCUCGUCGCACCUCAAAAGGGCAUUUUUAAAGUCCUACAAACCAUAUAAUUUAGCCGCUAAUGCGAAUUGAACUAAUCCACUAUCAAACGUAAUGAGAUUAACCAUUUUUCAUUCAUUUUUGUCCCUAAAAAGGUAUGUUAUUUAAUUUCUCGCAAGAACUAUAAAUACAUUGUCAAUCAGCUUAUCUAUGUUGUUGCUUCAUAAAAAAAAUAAAAAAACGUAGAGAAGCAUAAUUUGGUUGGCAUACGUGCAUCUUCCUUCAAAUGCCGGGUUUCGAUAAUCGGGACGAGAUCUCAUCAUCCUUUGAAGUACCACCGGAACAAAAUAAAAUGCUCUGUGUGUGGCAAGUGAAGGACCCGCGAAUAAGGGUGAUAUGUUUUGAAAAGGUGGUUUUAUGUACCAAAAACCGACGAACUGUAAUUGAACUAAGAAAAUGGUGAUACAGCGCAGCGCCAAUAUACGUGUAUUGACACUUAUUUAUCUAUUUAUCAUGCAAACCGGUAGAAACGUCUAAGUUUUAGAACGACUCAUUUUAAGAGGUAUAUAACAGAUACAACAAAAUUAAUUAACGUGUAUUAAUAACUUUCUAGUCUCGACGAAAGGAAAACCAGUUUGAAAAAAAAACGGCAAUUCAUUAGUUCAUGGAAAAGAAACCGUGAGGUUAUUUUCCGGUUCCACAUUAUUCUUUUCUCCAUUUUCGCUCAACUUCAUAGUUGUCUAUCUUAUGAAUUGUGCACAUGAGAUUUCCUUGUCGUUUAACUCAUUUUUUAUGCUGAUUAUUAUUUAUUAUGUUUUUGUUAUAUCUAUUAUAUGAACGAACUACUAUCAUUUGUUUUGUUGCGCUAUAGCAGAUAUCAAGCAUGAAGAAAGCCAAUGAUGGUCGGUCGUCAAGGAACUACUAACGAAGGAACUAAGAAUUUUUUUGAUUAUUUUCUUAUAUUUGUUUUGAUUUUUAUUUUCCUGUUGGCAGAUACAAGCAAUAACAUUGAUACAGUUAUAUGUUAAUAUAAUUUACUAUCGUUACACUACUGUAUGCUAACGAAAAACAUGGAUAAUAAAAACCAAUUUUCUAGUA